AUGCCAGUGGGACAAGAUCGCACUGUUCUCAUCUAUUGUCAUUAUAUUGUGGUGUUCCCUGCUGUCAUUCACCAUUCCCAAGAGGAGAAGCUCUGCAUUCACCUCUGCUCCCUGACUGAGGCUGUCCACCUGGCUAUCACCUUGGAGGUGACAACCCAGAAUUACACGCUGGUGGAACAGGAUGUAGAGAAGCCAGGCACUUUUCAGUGCAUCACCUUCUGGCCAGAGAAGGUGGUUUUUCUGCAUGUCCUGAUCCACAGCGGAGACAAUGUGCUCUUUGAGGGUCGCAAGAAGGUUCUGGUCAAGUCUCAGAAUAAUAUAAUUCUGGUAGAGACAGACAAGGGCUUAUACAAACCUGGAGAAACAGUGAAAUUUCGAAUUGUGAACCUUGAUGAGGACCUUAAGGUCAUUAAAAAUGAGUAUUCCCAGAUAUGGCUACAGGAUCCUGAAUCUAACCGUAUUGCUGAGUGGCGGAAUGUGAAGUCAAGACAUGGCAUUGUGGAUCUGUCCUUUCCCCUGGCCUCUGAAGCACCCCUUGGAUAUUAUACCAUAUCAGUGCAACAGGACAUGGCUAAAAAAUCCUUCAGUGUUGAUGAAUACGUGGAUGAGGAAUUUCAGCUGAAGGUCUGUGGCAAGUAUGCCUACGGGAAGCCCGUUCAAGGGAAAAUAGAUAUUACUUUUAUCACAUUAUCCCAGUUUCUGGAAGGCAAUUUAUCAAAUUCUACUGAGAUGAGAAAGCAAAACAGCUGGACGAACAAGAAUGGCUGCAAUACUUUUGUGGUGAAGACAGAGACUCUGGAAUUAAAUGAAACUGACAGCUACAUAAUUGCGAUAGGAGAAAUGGUGGAAGACGGAACAG